GACAACGAUAGCGCAAGCCGCAAGCGACGAUCGUGCGAACUGACAGUCUGUCCGCGACAGCGUCGUCGACGCCCGCGCCGCGCCGCUACCUUCCCCACAUGUUUGUAGCGAGACGCGCGAUAAACAUCCCCCAUUGUAAACAUACCAACCGUGUUUACAAAUAAACAUUAUGUUGAUGCGAUCAUACUAUCCCAUUGUCAGCGUCAAUUGUCUUCAGAGGAACGCGCGGUCCACUCGUGGCGACUGACGGUGGAAAUUAUCGAUAAGAUAAACAGAGUGUGGCAUUUUAUCGCGGGCUAUACGGAGUGCAGUGCAAAAAUUACGUCCUUCCUUUCUACUCGAGUGCUAUUGCAUUGAUAAAUUCUUUAGACAAGUUUGUUGUGUUAAACAGUUAUAUGAGUGAAUAUCUGACGAAUCAGUUUAGCAAUGGGUCAUAAAUCGGAACUAACACCGGAUAAUAGUGACGAGGAGAGUGGUGAGGCCUUCACUGAUGGCGAUUUCGACGAUUCAGGUGAAGAGGCUGUUAUCGAACGAUCUAAUGUUACCAAAAUAAGUCAACUACCGGUUAAUGAUACUGUAAAUCCCAGCGUUGAUAUCGGCGACGUUAAUGAUUCCAAUAAUGAAAAUCAACCUGUGACGAAUGGUAACGAAGGCAACGGGGACGCUGUUGAUAAUAUAGAAAAUGGCCACUGCGCUCCAUUGGAUGUCUUGGUCAAUUAUAUGGAGCAAAGCGUGACGGAUGCGCGCAAAGAUUCUCAGAGCGAAAUCAAUCCGUCGAUAGUCGGGAUUCUCGGAGACCAGCACAACCAUGCGGAGCAACGUCUGGCGGCGCGGCGCGCUGCGCGGGCGGAGGCGCGCGAGAUCCGCAUGCGUGAGCUGGAGCGGCAGCAGAGAGAGCAGGAGGACCAUGCCGACAAGGCAUUCGAUAUGUACUCAGAGACAGUGGGGCGUCGCGGCGGGCGACUGGCGGCGCUCAGCCCCGCCGUGCACUCGCCGCGGCGCAGCUCCGAAGACUCCGCGGACGAUGUCUUCAGCAUCAAAGACCUCAGGCACGAGCUGAAGGAGGUGGAGGAGAAGUUCCGAAAGGCGAUGAUCCUGAACGCUCAGCUGGACAAUGACAAGGCGGCGCUCGGCUAUCAGCUCGAGCUGCUAAAGGACCGCAUCGAGGAGCUUACCGAGGAACACGCGCAGUUGCAGCGUGAACAUAAAGAGAAGUGCUCAGCGCAUGAGCGACUAAAACGCGAGCACGCCACACUGGAGCGCGAGGUGACUGCAGCACGAGACGCAGUUCGUGCGCGGGACUCCGCCGCAGCAGCCGCGGGCUUCGCCUUCGUCGAGGCAGAGCUUAAUGGCACUGCGGAGCAAACGGAACUGAACGGGGCAGAGCCCGAGCUGGUAGCGCAGGGCUUCGGCAGCGUUCCCCCUCUCGCCCUCGUCUCACACCACUCGGAACAGCUGCUCAAUGAUGCCGGAGAAGGCACCCUGGACGUGCGGUUGCAGAGGCUGGUGAGCUCAAAGCAGGCGCUGGAGUCUGAGGUGCGCAAGCUGAAGCUCUGCCUGAACGAGGAGCGCGCCGCACGACAGAAUGGCGUCGCCGCGCACCACGACAGGGAGCACGACAGCGAGCUGGAAUCGCUGCGCAAGUCAGUGUCGGAGGCGAAGGGUCGCGCGGCGCGGGCGGAGGCGGAGGCGGCGCUGCAGGCGGCGGCGGUGGCGCGGCUGGAGGCCCAGGUGGCCCGUCUGCGCGCGCGUCAGGACCACCAGGACGAGCACGAGGAGCAGCUCAAGCAGGAGCGACGCAGGCUGCAGAGGGAGGCUAGAGAAGCUUUGAAUCGAGUUGAGGAGUUGGAGACGGAGAACAGCCACCUCACGAAGAGACUUGACAAACUCAAGAACGCCAAAUCAGCGCUACUCAAGGAGCUGUGACCUUAGUCACUUCAAUGUUGCCAUUUAAAUAGCUGACUGAAUGGAUUUAAACAAGGAUAUAUUAUCUGUGGAGGCAGAUUUUCGAUUUAUUUAAUAUGAUUGUAUACAUAAAGCUAUUGUAUGUAAAUAUGAGAAUUUCAUGUAAAUGAUUGAUGAGUUUUCUUUUUAUAUUUGGAAUUAACAAAUAAUUAUGUUAAUAUUGUUUGUGGCAGAAACAUCUAAUGUCAUUUAAAACUAACAAAGAUUUGCUAAUGUGAAUUAGUGUAAUUAAAUAAUUAUAGUCUGUGACUUUUGUAUCUGUCGUGUCAAUAUAUUUUCGCAGUAAUCGUUGCAUUAAGUGUUAAAAACGUUAUAUUGUUAAUUGAUGAGUACAAAUAAUUCAUGUUUUAUAGGAAGGUAAAAACGCAGAUAAUAUUGUUUUUAUCUUGUAUAUUAGGUAAAUAAUGACAGCAUGACAGGUGCCUAAAGUUCGGUGACAGCUGUCAUUGUGACAGUUGUCAAAAUGCGGGUAAUAUAAUAAUAAUAGCAUGAUUUUUAAAAUAAAUCUAUUAUAAUUUUGCCUUUUACUUUCCUACUUAAAC